AUGGGAAGUGGAGUGAUUAAGAAACGGACUGGGAAUGGAUUGAUUGAUGAACAAAGUUCUUUACUUGGGGAUAGGAGAUCAAGGGAUCGUGUUGAUGGAGAUGAUGAUGAUAUAUCGACGGGUCAAAGUGGGGGUGAGGAUGAUAGUAGCAAUGAUGAUGAUAGUGAGGAUAAAGCAAAUCAACAAGUUGGAAAAUGGAGAGCUAUAUUGAUAAGUAUCAGUGUAUUUGGUUUGAUAUUCUUGCAAGCAACAAACAUGUCCGGAAUUUCAACCACACAAUCCAAAAUUGCUGAAGAUCUUGAUUCAUUUACUGAAGCAAGUUGGUUUACAUCUACUUAUUUAGUAAGAUAUCCUUCCUCAUCAUCUGAUCACAUACUUACAUUAAAUCAGAUAGCCAUGUCAUCCAUAUCACCAGUAGCAGCACGAUUAGCUCAAAUUUUCUCUCCUAGAAAUCUCAUCCUAACAGCAGCAAUACUCUUCUCAAUCGGAGGAACUGUCACAUCACAAGCCCCGGAUCUCAAAACUUUCCUCAUGGGAAGAGCUAUCAGUGGUAUUGGAGGUGCGGGUAUCAUGACCAUCAGUCUCAUAUUAAUAUUAGAACUCACCAGUAAAAAACGUCGAGGGAUUUUCAUCGGAUUAGCUAAUUCGGGAUUUACACUGGGUGUCUCUCUAGGUGCUGUUGUUUGGGGAGCUUUAUUACCAGUUGUUGGUUGGAGAGCUUUGUUUUUGUUUCAGUCACCUCUGGCUGUCCUUUCUGGAAUUGGUAUUUAUUUGAGUAUUCCUAAGAGUUUUACUUCUGGACAGAAGAGUGCACAUGGGGAAUCUAUUACUUCUAAGCUUGCAAAAAUUGACUAUCUCGGAUCUCUUUUUCUCAUCACAACCAUCAUCCUCUUCCUUUACGGACUUUCCUCACCAAAAAUUGAAUGGCUACCUAUUCUUUGUUCAAUUCUUACCCUUAUACUCUUCCUCUACAUUGAGCUUAAUAUUGCCAGCGAUCCAAUUAUACCAAUCAGUGUAUUGAAAUCUCGUGGAGCUCUCCUCUCUUGUAUUUCUCAACUAGGAAUCAUGUCUGCAAGAUGGAGUAUCCUAUUCUACGCACCCGUCUACGCAAUCUCUCUCCGCGGCUGGUCUCCUGCAUCCGCAGGUUCAAUUCUCAUACCUACAAAUGUGGGAUUUGCUCUAGGUGGUAUCAUAGCUGGUGCAUUCCAUAUCAAAAGAGCAGGAAGUUUCUGGCUACCCUGCAUAACAUCCCUAACCCUCUUCUCCACAACCCUAAUCCUCUUCUCCCAGUUCUCCCUCCCCAGCACCCCCAUCCCCAUCUUCAUCCUCCUCGCCCUCACAAACGGCCUCUGCAUCGGCGCCGCCGUAAACUACACCCUCGCUCACCUUCUACACCUCACCCACCCCUCCACCCACUUCAUCUCCACCUCUUUAAUAACCACAUUCCGCGGUUUCGCCGGCUCAUUCGGUUCUGCCAUUGGCGGCGGCGCUUUUAUUCGUGUUUUGAAAACAGGACUCGAAGAUGGGUUUAACAGAAAUGGGGGUUUGGAUGGAAGAGAAGAACUCGUGAGGAAAUUAUUAGGUAGUCCCGCGUUGGUGAGUACGCUAGGUGGAGUGGAGAGGGAUGUGGCGAUGAGUGCUUAUGGGGAUGGGUUUAGAGCUUUGUGGGGUGGGGCGGCGGUGGUGGCGUUUUUGAUGGUGGGGGUGCAGGCUGCGGCGGGGUGGGAGGGGUAUGGUAAGGGGAAGGAAGAGGAGGAGGGGUUGGGAGUGGGAAAUGGAUUGGGGGUUGGAAAUGAGGUUUCCGAAGAGGGAAUGGAGGAGGGUGUUUAG